CUUCUUUGGUUCUCAGACUCUAGAUGCCAAGAAAGGGGACUCCCUGCGCAGACUGAGCCUUGGCUCAGACAGCUUAGUGGGAGAAUCCCAAAGGCCAUUCCUCCCCUUCCUGAGCCUCUGGGCAAGGAGGGCGGGAUCUUGGUUCCAGGGUCUCAGUACCCCCAGUGCCAUUUGAGCUGCUUGUACUCAUCAUCUCUAUUAAUAACUACUCUCCCUCCCCCACUGCCAGUGCUGCCCCCACGCCUGCCCAGCUCGGGUUCUCCGGUCACAGCAGCUCAGGCCUCCAAAGCUGCUGGACCCCAGGGAGAGCUGACCACCGCCUGAACAGCCGGCUGAAUCUGCCUCCACAAUGCCGCUCUCAGGAACCCCAGCCCCCAACAAGAAGAGGAAAUCCAGCAAGCUGAUCAUGGAACUCACUGGAGGUGGACGGGAGAGCUCAGGCCUGAAUCUGGGCAAGAAGAUCAGUGUCCCAAGGGAUGUGAUGUUGGAAGAGCUGUCACUGCUCACUAAUAGGGGCUCCAAGAUGUUCAAACUGCGGCAGAUACGGGUAGAGAAAUUUAUUUAUGAAAACCACCCUGAUGUCUUCUCUGACAGCUCAAUGGAUCACUUCCAGAAGUUCCUUCCCACAGUUGGGGGACAGCUGGGCACAGCUGGUCAGGGAUUCUCCUACAGCAAGGGCAGCAGUGGAGGCCAGGCAGGGGGCAGUGACUCUGCCAGACAGUAUGGCUCUGACCAGCAGCACCAUCAGGGCUCUGGAUCUGGAUCUGGGGGUACAGGUGGUCCUGGGGGCCAGACUGGCAGAGGAGGAGAUGCUGGGACAGCAGGGGUUGGCGAGACAGGAACAGGAGACCAGACAGGUGGAGAAGGAAAACAUAUCACUGUGUUCAAGACCUAUAUUUCCCCAUGGGAGCGAGCCAUGGGGGUUGACCCUCAACAAAAAGUGGAGCUUGGCAUCGACCUGCUGGCUUAUGGGGCCAAACCUGAACUCCCCCACUAUAAAUCCUUCAACAGGUAGGGGUUGUGAAGAAGGAACCAGAUGCAUU